CGGCGCCCGAGGCGGAAGUGCGGCGCGGGGGGCGCCGGGGCCGGGGCCGGGCGGCGGGCACGGCGGGCACGGCGGGCAUGGCGGGCCGCGGCUCCGCGUCCUCGGAGCACCUGGAGCGGCUGCACGAGAUCUUCCGGGGGCUGCACGGAGACCUGCGGGGCGUCCCCGAGCGGCUGCGGGGCAGCGCGGCCGAGGAGAAGAAAAAACUAGUUCGAGAAUUUGAUGAGAAACAACGUGAAGCAAAUGAAACGCUGCGGGAAAUGGAGGAAGAACUGAAGUAUGCUCCUCUGCCCUUCCGCAACCAAAUGAUGAGCAAAAUCCGAGCCUACAGAAGAGACCUCUCCAUGUUCCAGAGAGAGAUGAGAAGCACAGAUUUGGGAUUGGGCCCUGGAAGUCAAGGGGAUAUAAAAUAUGGAAUCUUCUCCACAGAAAAUGAACAGAGUACUAACCUGCAGUCACAGAGGGUGCUGCUUCUCCAGGGAACAGACAGCCUGAACCGCGCCACGCAGAGCAUCGAGCGCUCCCACCGAAUUGCGGCUGAAACGGAUCAGAUCGGCACCGAUAUCAUUGAGGAACUUGGGGAGCAGCGGGAGCAACUGGAACGCACCAAGAGCAGACUGGUGAAUACAAGUGAGAAUUUGAGCAAGAGUCGCAAGAUUCUCCGUUCUAUGUCCAGGAGAAUAACCACUAAUAAGUUGUUGCUGUCAAUUAUCAUCAUCUUGGAACUAGGCAUCCUAGGAGGUUUGGUCUACUACAAGUUCUUUCACAGCAGAUAAAUCUUGAUGACUGAGAUGAACUUUCCCACUGUUGAGGAACUGGAGGGGCUGUCUGUCCAUUCUGUCUUGAGGGAUUGAACUGUCUCAUGAGACAGUGUGUUCAACUAAAACUGUACUGACACAAGAAAGACAGAAUGGGAAUAAAAAGAAAAUGCAGAGACAGUCUUGAACUACUGGUAAGAUGAUAAGAAGGUAAUAAAUAUUUUAUUGUCUCAAUUUA